AUUGCCUUCUCCCCAUUAAAUAUCAACUCAAGAGAGGAACAAGAAUGGCAACAAUAAGCGGUGUGAGCCUUUCAAGUCCGAGAAUUGUGCCCAGGGCAUCCGACUCGUCGCAAAAGUCACACACCGUCAACUUCCCGCUGCUACUCGCCCAAAGGUGUCCGGCCAAGUUUGGUUCCGGGCGAGUACUUGCUUCCGUUCGACCCGUGCGUGCUGCUCCGGAAGGAAUAUCGGGCAGUGUUGAAGAAAGCAUAAAGAACGCGGAGGAGGCAUGCUCGGGUGACCCGGCGGGCGGUGAAUGUGCGGCGGCAUGGGACGAGGUGGAGGAGCUGAGCGCGGCGGCCAGCCACGCGAGGGACAGGAAGAAAGAAUCCGACCCACUUGAGAACUAUUGCAAGGACAACCCGGAGACCGAUGAAUGCCGCACGUACGAUAAUUGAUAGCCGCAUGUAUGUGAAAAUCAUCGGUGGUGAUCAUGUUAGCUUUGGUAUAUAUAUUAAAAAAAAAAAAUCAUAUCAUCUUUGUCUGUUACAUUGUAUAAGCACAUAGCUAUUAAUUAUUAUUUGAGCGUGAAAUAAUCAGUAACUCUUAUCUCUGCGAUUUUUUUUAUGUUUA